GUUUUCAUUAUUAUUUGAAUAUAAAGGGCGUUUCUUUAAUUCUGGAAGCAGAUGGGCUGAUAGGCUUGUUUUACACAUGAAACACAAAGCAUUUUAAUCUUCUUUGAUUCGGUUUUCCUCUUCCUUUUAAGGUGCGCGUUCAUUCUGGGAAAUCCCACGUGAAGCUCAUUGCAGCACAUUAUAUUUUCUAUCCACGUUUUUCACCUCAAGCUUUUGUACACUGAUGUAUAAACCAGUAUAAUUAUCGUCAUUUAUAAUAUACACAAUUUAACGUAUUUUAAUGGCUAAACAUUUCGAGAACAGACGCGAUUAAUAUUUGAAUUACACGCAAAAAGAUGACUGCAAUAUUUGUCAGAACACUCCAGCACCUACAAUUAACUGUAACGGAGCCAUUACAGCCGUCGCGUGAAAUGUAGGCAGCAUGGAAACGCGGAGCUCCUUAAAGAUCUGGCUGCUGCAGGUGUCAAAUACGUGAAGAACAUGGUGAAUCAGGAUUGGAACAGGAGGAAGACCAGGACCACUGAGAUUACUUGCAGCCCAGGAAAAGACUGGUGCUUGAUUGCAGACAUUGUAGAGCAGCGGUCACCAACUCUGCUCCUGGAGAACUACCACCCUGCAGAGCUAAGAAAAAGGAAGAUGAACAGAUGACGUUGUUGCUACCAAAGUAGGAUACCUGAGUUAGCAACAACCUUCAUGAUCCUAACCAGUCUGGCUUCAAAGUGGCACAUUCCACAGAAGACUGAACUCUUGGCUGUCACUGAGAAUCUACAUGCUGUCAAAAUAGCCAAAUUCUGUCCUCAUCCUCCUUGACUUUUUCAAUGACAUUUGACACAGUCAACCACAACCACUCUUGUCUAUCCUUAUGAGUCUAGGAAUUCAUGGCUCAGCAUGGCAAUGGUUUGCUUCUUACCUAGAAGGCCAAUCAUAUCAAGUGACAUGGAAGGGAUCCACAUCAACUCCACACAGACAUUCCACUGGCAUCCCUCAGGGUUGUGGUUCUGGAGCUGCUGAUAUGAGGUGAAGUCUAAGAAAACGUGCCAUGUGCUUCAAGAUUACCAUUGCUGCCCUGCAUUACACCCCCUCACUCCUGUAGGACACCAAAGAACCUGAGAUUCCCCAACGUCAGCGAUCACAUUAUCAAAUGUUUAGUUUCACAGCUGCAGAAAGAUGUGCAGUACACCCAAGGCAACAUUGUACGUUUCCUGCCCUGAUGCAUGGUGGUCGGACGGAGGAAUUGUUGGAAAAUUUCAGAGGGAAGUCAUGCUGUUGGCUCAGAUUAACCACGAAUCACAGGGUGUGGUGGAUUUACAAAAUGGCGGAGGAGAUGCCCAACAUGUCACACUUUGUCUUGCUGAGGCGGUUACGGUUUCAGAUGGUAAUCAUAUGGACAGCAUGGACACUGUCAGUUUGCAGGCUGUGACACUUGCAGAUGGAUCGACAGCAUACAUUCAGCACAAUCCCAAAGUUUCCAUUUCAGAUGGUAAAUUAAUGGAUGGGCAGGUCAUUCAGCUGGAAGAUGGAUCUGCCGCUUAUGUUCAGCAUGUGUCCAUGCCAAAAGCAGGAAGUGACAGUCUGAGACUGGAGGAUGGACAGGCUGUGCAGCUGGAGGACGGAACGACGGCUUACAUUCAUGCGCCCAAAGAAACGUACGAUCACGGUGCCCUGCAGGCCGUGCAGCUGGAGGACGGCACCACGGCGUACAUCCAGCACACCGUGCAGAUGCCCCAGUCCAACACCAUCUUAGCUAUACAGGCAGACGGCACCGUGUCCGAUCUUAAUGCCGAGGGCACCAUCGAUGAUGAGACCAUUAGUGUUCUAGAGCAGUAUGCUGCCAAGACAGAGACUGCGGAAUGUGUCAGUUCAGGGCUGGUCAGCAGGAACGAAUCAGAUGGGGCUGUUCAGAUGCAGAUCGUCGUCCAAGGCCAGGAAGCCGCUCGUGGCAUAGUGAAGGUGCAGCCACCAGGGGAGAAGUCCUUCCGCUGCGGCUACAGCGACUGUGGGAAACUCUACACCACAGCCCACCAUCUGAAGGUGCAUGAGAGAUCGCACACAGGAGACCGACCAUACCUGUGUGACCACCUGGGCUGUGGUAAAAAAUUUGCCACAGGGUACGGGUUGAAGAGUCACAUUCGGACACACACUGGAGAGAAGCCAUACCGAUGUCAGGAGACAAACUGCCGCAAGUCCUUCAAGACGUCUGGGGACCUCCAGAAGCACAUCAGGACCCACACAGGAGAAAGGCCAUUCAUGUGCCCUUUCGAGGGUUGUGGGCGGUCCUUCACCACCUCAAACAUUCGCAAGGUGCAUAUUCGCACGCACACGGGGGAGCGACCCUACUACUGCCCCGAGCCGGGCUGCGGACGUGCCUUUGCCAGCGCCACCAACUACAAGAACCACAUGAGGAUCCACACAGGAGAGAAGCCGUACGUGUGCACAGUGCCAGGCUGCGACAAGCGCUUCACCGAGUACUCCAGUCUCUACAAGCACCAUGUGGUGCACACGCCCUGCAAGCCCUACAACUGCAACCACUGCGGCAAGACCUACAAGCAGAUCUCCACGCUGGCCAUGCAUAAGCGCACGGCUCACAAUGACACGGAGCCCAUCGAGGAGGAGCAGGAGGCCUAUUUUGAGCCGCCAACAGAUGCCAUUGAUGAUCCUGCCGUGACCUAUGUUCCAGAGAUGGAAGAGGAGGAUUCUGGAUCAGAACACGUGUCCUCUGAGACCGUGGAGGCCAUUGGGCAUCAACACGUGGCUCUUAUCACACAAGAUGGAACUCAGCAGGUCAGUAUAUCCCAGGCAGAUGUGCAGGCGAUGGGAAACACAAUCACCAUGGUCACUCAAGACGGCACAACCAUCACUGUGCCUGCCCAUGAGGCGGUUCUCUCUUCGGAAGGAACGCACUCCGUCAGUAUGGUAGCAGCUGAUGGGACGAAUGAGCAAGUAACCAUCGUGACUCCAGAGUUAACAUUCCAUACUACACAGGCUGAGCUCGUCCAAGAUCAUGAGCACCACCUAGUGGCAGCCAGUCCGCACCCCGUCACCUUAUUAGCCACGUCCAAUGGCACUCAGAUUGCAGUACAGCUCAGUGAACAGCCAUCACUGGAGGAAGCCAUUCGAAUAGCUUCACGAAUACAGCAAGGAGAAACUCCCGGGCUGGAAGAAUGAGACGGCUGCUGUUUUUGCUUCUAAAGAAAAUUUCAGGGAAAAAAACUGCAGAUGUUUUUGGCUGCUUGCUUGUUUAACAGGGCUCUUGCAGUUUGCUUACUCACAGGUAUUGAUACUGAAUAUGUGCAUAUUUUAAAAUAUGUACCUGGCAACUACUUUUGGAUAAGCAUUCACUUUAAAAAGUUUGUGAAAUUUGGAACACUGAAUAAUUCCACUGUCUGAACUACCUAAACUUUUUUUUUUUUCAUUUUUAUGAUAAAUAUAUACUUCUGUAUAUAUGCAGUCAAUGUAAAUUGUGCAUAUUUUACCUUGGAUUAUGUACAAAUAAAGCAUUAAGCUUUAGUUACCUGGAAUUAAAGCAAUGCAUCUCUUGUAUUCUUUUCAUUCAGUUUAAACUGUUUUUCAAUAUUAUUGGUAUAUAGUUGAUUUUCAGUUUUAAAACAAUUUUAGAAUAUUGCACAUUAGGUAUACAUUUGAAACGAAGGAAAACCACGUAUUAAGAUGCCUACUUGGGAAAUGAACUACUGUACUAUAAAUGUUUCAAUCUUAAUGUUUGUACACUGGAAACACCAGAUUUAGACAGGACCCGCCGUCAAAAUAUGUACCUGUUUAGUCCUAAUAAACUUGGAGGACAAUUAUUAAGGAAAACGGUCCUGUGUAGUAAUUUUACCUCUCAGUUUCAACUAUC